UAAUUUUGGAUUGGCAACUUCGUAACAUCUGUUUUAAUUUAACUGGCAGGUAUAAUAAAUGUAAGGUACAGCUUGUAGUUAGGAAGGCCUCUUGUUGUUUUACCAAAAACCAAAGUGUAAGCGAUCGCGCAACCCCUGCUUCUAUGGAUAUCUAAUCUGCAGACAAAAAGUAUUUUUGGCCAUCUCGGGCUUAAAAGCGUAUUUGAAUUCAGAUAGACACCAGCGCACACGAAACCAUUACUGAAUCUACAAUCGUGAAAAUGAACAGCCAAAGAAACAAAUUUAAGCGAGGUCAAAAUUUUUCCACGGAGGAGGAAUUUCUGCUCAUCACUAUGGCGGCGGAGCACCGCAAGAUCUUCGAAAAUAAGAAAUGUGAUGCGGUGACCUGGAAGGAGAAGGAACGGGCGUGGGAUGACCUGGCAGUCGCCUACUCCAGCAGAUCGGGAGUUAAGCGCAGUGGACAUAGCUUGAGGGCCAAAUAUGAGAGCUUGAAGAAGAAGCUGGGAGCCGGGCUUCCGUACGGACACCCACCAAAAACUCCAUCGAUUUCCGAAAAGCUGAGGGAGAUCCUGGGGGACGAUGAUACGGGUGGCGAAAACUCAGACAGUGACUUUAUAAUAGAUGACUGGAAGGCGGAAUCAAUUGGGGACAUCAUCGAGUUCACGGGGGAAAACUCCAAUGAAAACGAGGCUUCCACUUAUAGUAAUCCCCUCCACUUGAAGGCGGAAUUAACUGCAACGCCCAGAGGCCCAACUGGAAGGUUAAGGCGUCAUGCCGGCAGACUUUUUCAUGAAGAGAAGCUACGCCUGGUCAGAGCACAGCGACAUUUUUAUGAACAGGAAAACAUCAGAGCACAGGAAAAGCAUUUGAAGGAAAUGGAAACUCUAAGUGCGAAACAGGAGCUCCUCUACUUGGAAAUCGCUGAAAAGAAAAUGAAACUUAAUUUGCAGGACUCUCCAAAGGAUUCAUGAGCUGUAAUUAUCACAGUGUUGGUCUAGAUUAAUAGUGUCAAAAUUCUCAAAAUGUACAUAAGCUCUCAAAGUA